AUGCCGCUCCCGCAAAACCAAGACGACUUCUCCGCCUACACGGAGAUCGAUCUGCCGACAGAGACACGCAUUGAUGCGAUCCGGCGCACCGCCCUAGCGAACCAGGAGUGGGUGGCGUGUGAAAAGGUGCACGGCACGAACUUCGCCAUUUACCUCCUCAAUGAAAGCGAGGUGCGCUUCGCGAAGCGCAGCGGCAUCAUGGACCCGAACGAGAACUUCUUUGGGUACCACCUCCUCAUCGACGACUUUACAGCACAGGUCCGGGCGCUGUGUGAGCUGCUGAAGCGCAAGUACGGCGUGACAGGCCGCAUGGGCCGUGUCGUGCUGCACGGGGAGCUCUUCGGCGCCAAGUACACGCACCCAUUGGUGCCCAAGAGCGCCAAGUGGUGCGUCCUGCCAAACAAGAAACGCGUGCCCAUCUCGGGGGUGGAGAUUCAGAGCGAGGCAUUCCCGCAGUACAGCCCGGAGCUGCACUACUUCGCGUUCGACAUCAAGUACUCCGUGUCGGGGGCUGAGGAGGCGAUGGUGCUGCUGCCCUUUGAUGACUUCACCGAAGUGUGCUCGCAGGUGCCGCAUCUCCUCUACGCGAAGCCGCUGGUGCGCGGCACGCUGGACGAAUGCCUCGCCUUCGACGUGGAGAACUUUAUCACCCCGCUGCCGGCACUCCUCGGGCUGGGCAACUACCCGCUUGAAGGCAACCUCGCCGAGGGCGUCGUCAUUCGCCAUGUCCGCCGCGGCGACCCGGCGGUGGAAUGCAGCGGGGUCUCGACGAUCAUCAAGCUGCGCUGCUCUUCGUUCAUGGAGCUCAAGCACCCCGGCAAGCAGCAGGAGCUGAAGGCGACGUUUCUCGACACCGUGCGCGCCGGCGCGCUGCAGCGCAUGCGUGGAGGCAAGAAGGUGACGGUGCUGACGGACGCGAUGCUGCCAAAGCUCGAGGCGGCCGCGAACGCGCUGCUGCUAAACAACGUCAGCAAAGGCCGUCUGAACAACGUACUGUCAAAGAUCGGCCGCGAGCCGCUGCUGUCUGGCGAAGUGCAGGAGGAGGAUGUCGUGCUGAUGCUGGCGCAAGAUGCCUUGAAGGACUUCCUGAAGGAGACGGACCCCGUGGUACUGAACACGUCGCUGUCGUUCCGCAAGGCCCUGAUACGAAGCGUGUACUUCGCGGCGGAGGAUCUGCUGCGGGGGGAAUGGAAGCGUAUCAUGGAGCGGGAAAGGGCGUCGCAGACGGAGAUCGACGCCGCGAUUGCCGCGCUGGAGAAGGAAGAGGCGCAGUGA